CACACACGGCACUAGAUGCGACAAGGCUGCACGGCAGCUGUUGUCCCCAACACAUUUCUCAGCAGCAGCAUGUGAACAACUCCGCCUUCUCAGAAUGCCUGACUCCGCCAGUGAAGGCUGGCAAGAACUCCAGACCACCUCUAGGCGGCAGUGCCCCAAGCUAUUCUACUCCGUCUCCACCAAAGAACAGUCGCUUACUCUCCUGCUGACCGACUUGAUCUCUAUCUGGGAGUGCUCGCUAGAUAGAUAUGACAUUCUCGCGGCCGCAGCUCGGCAACAGACGAGCAUCGAUCCUUCCGUCUCAACGGACCAGUUUGAAGUCUUGCUCUCCAAGAUCCGCAAAAGUCUUGGAGAGGGCGAGAACUCCGUCAUUCGCGAUGGCCGUGGGAACUCGCAGACGCUGCUGCUGCGAACAAGGAUAGAUCUCCCCCGUCCUCUCCGGCCCCUUGAGUGGGCGUUUACUCUCGAUCCCCAAAGAGCUUCGGAGUUGGCGGAACGAAUCCUCCGCCCGAGUUUGCACGAAGUCUUCGUCUCCCAGAACAAAAUAAACUCUUUGCUUGGAAUCAUCAAGGACAAAGACCACAUCAUCUCGCGCCUGCUCGACAGAGUCGGCAACUCGGCCGUUGACUUGAGCUUGGUCUUCCCCGGUAUCACGGGCUUUGCUUCACGCAAAGGCGGCCAUGUGUCGGCCGCGGAUGCCAACAAGCAUGUUCCCGGGAUGGCGAGUUUUGACGAGAAAGUGUGGACCAGGCAGUUUGCCAAUGAUGAUGGCUACGAGGGAGCAGACCGGACUGGUUUGAGCAACCUCGUUCGGGGCUGUGAGAAAUGCUUCGCCCACAGUAAAGCUGAGCAUGAAAACUGGGUGAAAGAUCUUCCUUCGACGGAUAAGUCAUCUCAAAUCGAUACCAGCAACAAGCGAAUCGGGUCGCCGUCAACGAAAGUCCCACGGAAGAAGCCAGAUUCAGAUAGCGAGUCAACAGGCGACGAAUUCGAGCGUCAAGCGACUCCUCCACAUCUGAAAUCUAAAGAUACCCCAAAGGCGACACAUGAAACGACAGAGGACGAGGAGACCGAAGACGAUGAGCCCGCCCCCAAACGAACCCAACCCUCGACGAUCGGCGGUUUGGGUCGACGAAACGCUACGAAAGCCUUUGGAGCCUCGAAGCGCUCCCCAGAUCAAGUCGUUGUGUCUAAGACCAAGUCUCCUCCGCGUCGUCGGGCUUCCACGGCGUCGACAGAGACAGAGACAGCUUCAGAGGACGAUGACGCCGCUGGUGCUGGGAAAGAACCACGACCGCCCAUUGCACCACGGAACAAGAGCAGCCACUCGACGCAGAAAUCCAAACUCGGCGCGCUGAAACCAAGAAAAGUUUCCCCAUCGUCUUCACCGUCACCACCACCAUCGAAAUCAAGGCUGUCUACCUCUUCCGCAGGGAGUGCUUCCGACCAAGAGCUCCCUUCCCGCAAUUCACGUGUGGCCGCCGCUCGUGCAUCAAAGACACCCGAGCAAGAGGAAGAGGAAGACGGAGAGGAGACUGACGAUCUAAACGGCAAAUCGUCAACACCAUCCCCAUCUCCGCCUCCGCCUCCGCCUCAAGCGAAGCCUUCGACGCCAGCGCACGAACGACGCCGUCUAGGUCGGCUCGGAGGGAAGAAACAAGCGACACCAUCAACAAGCGCCUCGGCUUCACCACCGGAGACGUCCAAGGGCGAGAAGAUGAUCCCCGAGACACAGAGCCCCGCGAAACGGAGGCUCGGACGCCUCGGCGGUCUGAGGAAACGGGAGCGAGAAACAACCACGUCCCCUCAGGCGCGGGACAAACCACCCGGCCCUGUCAAUGAGGACGACUCCCACGCAACGACCACGCCCUCGCCCUCUCCUUCGCCAUCUGCCGCAUCACCGUCCUCGCGCCAACGCCAGCGCCGAUCCCCGCCCCCAUCGACCCGCACGAAGCCAGCGGAAGAACCGAAGAAAGAGGAAACGGCCGAAGAGGCCGCGAGCCGGCGCCGGAUGGAACUCAAGCGCACGAUCGCGGCCCAGGACGGCGGGAAGAAGAAGCGCCGGUUCUGAUUCUGGUCCUCGUAUACUAAUUCACCGGUCCACACGCCCAGGCUAGCGUAACACCUGUUGAAAAGUUGGAAUAUAGGCCCCCCACCCCCCAACACACACACACACACACAUAAACGGCGGUGCUGUAGCAUGGUGACGGACAGACGAGCACCAAACGACAAACGACAAGUGCGGCGAGCGCGGAGAAAGCACAGGGAAUGGGGGCUCAGAGCAGCAUUGUACAAUUCAACUCGCAAGGUUCGUCAUUAAGCAACUUACUCCAUUGUUUUCGUCCUAUGGGCACUGUUCCCCCUGCCUGCGACGGUUCUGAUGGUGAUCAUUAUGCGAGUAUGAGCUGCGCGAGACCAAGAAGAUCUAGCCAAAAUGAACAAGAACAAGAG